CUGCCACACCUACGCUGUCAUUUGGUGCCAUGCAAACCAUCCCAACGCUGUAGGUUUACGAUGCAGCCAUCACGAAAGCAACACCCACUCGGGCACCCCUCCUAUAUAUGUCGACCCAAUGAUACAUGUGGUGGCCUAGCCAUCACAGGAACUCUCUGCGCUCCGAUGGCUUCCUCUUCCACGGUCUUUGCCUCUGCAGCCUUGGUUCUACUUCUCCUUCUCGGCGGCACCUCUGCGCAGCUAUCCACCAGCUUCUAUUCCUCGUCGUGCCCCAAGCUGUUUAGCACGGUGAAACCCGUUGUCCAGUCUGCAAUCUCGAAAGAGAAGCGGUUGGGUGCAUCCGUCCUUCGCCUCUUCUUCCAUGACUGCUUUGUUCUUGGGUGCGAUGGGUCGGUGCUGCUGGAUGACACGCCCACCUUCACGGGGGAGAAGACCGCUAAGCCAAACAACAACUCCAUCAGAGGGUUCGAAGUCAUAGACCAAAUCAAGACUGCGGUGGAGAAGGCGUGCCCGGGGGUGGUGUCGUGUGCGGAUAUCUUGGCGGUCGCUGCAAGAGAUUCAGUAGUCAUUCUCGGAGGGCCUAACUGGGAUGUGAAGCUGGGGAGGAGGGACUCCAGGAGAGCAAGCAUAUCCAAAGCUAACAAGCAGAUCCCCCCACCGACCUCAUCGCUUAGCAAUCUCAUCUCCAAGUUCUCAGCCAAGGGUCUGUCAACUAAAGACAUGGUCGCACUCUCUGGUUCUCACACCAUUGGCCUAGCAAGGUGCACGUCAUUCCGGGGACACAUCUACAACGACACCAACAUCGACGCCUCUUUUGCCAAGAAGAGGCAGGCGAACUGCCCUAGCGCCUCCGGCUCCGGGGACAACAACCUGGCGCCGCUGGACCUGCAGACCCCCACCGCCUUCGACAACAACUACUACAAGAACCUCGUCCGCUUCAAGGGCCUCCUGCACUCGGAUCAGCAGCUGUACAACGUCAGUGACUCCACCGACUCCCUGGUCAAGGCCUACAUCAGCAGCACCGGCACCUUCUUCUCAGACUUCGUGUCGGGAAUGAUCAAGAUGGGCGACAUCAAGCCCCUCACAGGCUCCAACGGCGAGAUCAGGAAGAACUGCAGGAAGAUCAAUUAACGAACCCUCUUCAGAGCAUCGGAUCAAGGCUUCAAUUCCUGCAAGGUAAUCGUACGUAGGGGACCUGCCCAACAGUUUGGGGACCCAGAGUUCUUACGCUUUCUUUGGCUCCUACCGAAUGUGCUCAUUGCCGUAUUGUAUUCAUUAAAAGCAUGUACUGUCGCUUGGUGUCUUCUGUUCGCAGCUUAAUAGUUGAGAUAAUAAAUGAAUAUUAAAUCCUA